AUGGAAGCCCCCGCGGCGACAAAGGCCGACGGAGCAAAGGAAACCAUGUCGCAGAAAUGCCGAAAAGACGAAAAGACGAAAAGGAGGAGGGAUAGGAGCGUGCCCUGGCUCACGAGGUCAAUGGCAGAAGAGAGAUGUGAGCGACUUUGGGGAGAAGUCAAGCGCCAAGCCACCGCCUUUUCUGUCGACUACUUUUUGAGCGCGCGCAGCAACGGCACUCAAGUGGCUGAUGGCUCCGUGUCGCUCGCUCCCGCCUGGCGCCUGGCGCCUGACAGCCAGACCACUGACUGCACUGCACUGCACUGCACUGUGAGCACCGAGCAGCGAGCAGCGACAAGUGGACAACGUCAGCAGGUCAACAGGCUGGGUCACUUGGGCGCCGGCCUCGACUCGGGCGCGAGCGCGGGAGCGAGAGCUGAUGAGCCCACCCCCGAGACCUUGGCCCGUGUCGGCGCCCAGUUCUGUCCCAGUCAAGCAUCAACUCCAAAGCUGAAGCAUCUCCUGUCCCGGUGCCCUUCCUUUCCCGCCAUCUCUGCCAUUCUUGAAAGCAUCAACGACACCAUGAAGUCGUCGGUUCCAGUCCUGGCCUUUGGUCUCGCAUCGGUGCCUGGCACUGUUGGCUGGGGAUCCCUGGGUCACAUUACCACAGCCUAUCUCGCAGGCCACUUUGUCGCCAACACGACGGAAGCUUUCUUCAAGGACCUGCUGCGCAGUCAGGAUGACGACUACAUGGCCAAGGUUGCUUCCUGGGCCGAUUCCAUCCGCUACACGAAAUGGGGCCGCUUCACCAAGAACUUCCAUUUCAUCGAUGCCCACGACGACCCGCCUCGGUCGUGCAAUGUCGACUUCAACCGAGACUGCAAGGCCGACGGCUGCGUCAUCAGCGCCUUGGCCAAUUACACGAAGCAGUCUCUGGACCCGUCUCUUCCCGCCUGGCGCCGUGCCCAGGCCGCCAAAUUUGUCAUUCACUUUGUCGGCGAUUUGCAUCAGCCGCUGCACAAUGAGGACGUGGCCCUUGGCGGCAACCGCAUUCAAGUGUUGUGGGAUGGGAAAGCCUACAACCUCCAUCAUGUCUGGGAUACCUCCAUUGCCGAGAAGUGGAUCGGCGGCAUGCGUGGCAAGCCAUAUCCCCUUGCAGAGAAGUGGGCAAGCCAGCUUGCUGGCGAAAUCAACGACGGCAAGUUUGCCACGGAGAAGGAGGCGUGGCUGAAAACCCUCAACUUUACCGAUGCUGUCGAGACGGCCAUGGCCUGGUCUAGGGAGGCAAACGCCUUCGUCUGCACUCACGUGCUCCCAGCGGGCCCCGAAGCUAUUGUAGGUCAGGAGCUCGGCGGCGAGUACUUCAACAAGGCCGGCCCGGUCAUUGAGAAGCAGGUUGCCCGUGCCGGCUUCCGAAUGGCAGCCUGGCUCGACAGCAUUGCCCGCGGGUUCGCCGCCACCAAGGUGGACGAGCCUGUCUCAUUAGAAUUGUAG